AUAAAAAGGAGCAAGGGCGACCAUCUCUUACUCAAGAAGAACGCAAAACGCGACCGCCCAACUUAAAAAGGAAAAGGUCCUUUUCCUUUGACAUCCUCUUCCUCUCGCUUUCCUUUCAGGCCCAGAAACCCGAGAUCAGGAAAAUGGCAUCGAGUUCGCUCUCGCACAGCUCCUCCUCAUGGACGCCUAUGCAGAACAAGAUGUUCGAGAGGGCGCUGGCCUUGUACGACAAGGACACUCCCGACCGGUGGCACAACGUGGCCCGGGCGGUCGGCGGGAACAAGUCCGCGGAGGAAGUGAAGCGGCGCUAUGACAUGCUCGUGCAGGACGUCAUGUCCAUUGAGUCCGGCCAGGUCCCCUUGCCCAAGUACCGGGCCUCCUCUGCCUCCUACGGCACCAGCAGAGCCAUGGCUGACGAGCAGAGGAUGCUGAGGAACCUCAAGAUCUAAUGACAGGCGAAAGAAAUCGCCCCGGGGAAGAUCUGUAAAUUGUGAAGAAGCGGAAGACCUAAGUAGCCGGUGACGCCAAGGCUGCGAUUCUGCUCUUCUCCUCCUUCCUCAAUUUCUUAAAAAGUUUCUCUACUAAAUGCCGCCAACCCGUAGCGAUAAUGCCAUGUACUACUACUCACUGUUUGUCUGUCAAACUUUGUACCUAUGAAGAACUGCUUAAAUUUUAUCUUCUUUCGCAAA